AAAACAACCAGACGGAUUUGCUGGAGAUUGCCAGCAACACUCAGAUUUUGACCUCCCAGCCUGAGAAGUUAACUGCUCAGGAGAUCUCCAAUGCAGCAGAGAUCAUGAGGGUGAUUCUCAAUGCCUCCACCACAGCCUUCACUGAGGAUAUAGCUGUUUUUGCUGUGACCACUAUUAGUCAACUACUGAAUGCAAGUGAUGCUGAGUUGUCAUCGGACAGCGUUAUGAACAACCUAAACAGCUUAACAAAGUCAUUGGAAGAUUUCUCUCUGGACCAGCAUAACAUCUCGCAAGUGGUUCAGCCAAAUGUGGCAGUGCAGUCUCUGAGUGUGACUAUGGGCUCCACACAAGGGGUUCAAUUUACUGCACUUACAGGUGACACAAACAACUUGGUGUCAAACCGCAUUGAACUCAAAACAAAUGCUACCCAGCUGAGUGUUAACAAUAAAACCUCUAUAGAUGUCCGAAUUUUUGUCAAUGUUUCUGCAGAAGCAAAGAUGAAUGGGCAGAUUGGCUUUGUCCUUUAUCAAAACGACAAGUUCUUCAGAUCCAAGGUUUACAGAAGCACCCUCAAUAUAAGCAGGAGAGUGAUCUCAGGAAGUGUCAAGGGAGGAAAGAUUAACCAUGUAGAUCUUCUCUUCAGCUCACGUACUGUCCCCAAUGCCACCCUGCAUGACCAUUCCUGUGUAUUCUGGGACUACGAUCAAGAGGUUUGGAGUACAGCAGGCUGCACAAAGGGAACAGAUGAGUUUGGGAAUCUGAGGUGCCAAUGCAAUCACACCACUAACUUUGCUGUACUAAUGACUUUCAAACACGAUUACAAAUAUUCUGCACCAUUACAGUGGAUAACAUUCAUUGGAUGUGGACUAUCUAUUGCAGGACUUUUUCUGACCAUUGUAAUUCAAAUAAUAACCAGGAAAUCUCGUAAGGCCACCCCUACGCUGCUUUUGGUGAGCAUCUGCUUGUCGAUGCUCAUUUUCAACAUAGUCUUUAUUUCCGGCAUCAACAAUCCAAAUGCCAAUAAAACGAGCAGGAGCUCGAACACCAGUGAAAACAUCUUGCUGGACUCGGACAUGCACAUUGACAGAGACGAGGGCCCGUGCACAGCUGUAACAGCCCUGCUCCAUUAUUUUCUUUUGGCCACCUUCACCUGGGCUUUGCUCUAUGCUAUUCAGAUGUAUAUCCUCCUUGUCGACAUCUUCAGACACCCUCCGAAGCACUUCGGAUUGAUCAUGACAGCGAUUGGCUGGGGUUUCCCUGCAGUAGUGGUGGCUGUAACAUUAGGAGCGCUAUACAGAAUUGAGAACCCUUUAAACUAUCGCCAAGAGGAAUUCUGCUGGCUGGCUGCUCUUGACAGUCAGGGAAGAUUUGACAUCAGAAAACCAAUGUUAUGGGCAUUUCUUCUCCCAGUGGCCUUAAUCCUAUUAUCCAACAUGGUGAUACUGGUCUGUGUCAUACUCACUUUGUGCAAGAACAAUCCUGCUUUAAAAAGGUAUUUUUCAUUGUGGCAACUGCAAUAACCUAGAUACUGUAUUUUGGAUACAAGUGAUCUAGCCUUUUCUGUAAAUACUGUAUGUUAGUAGUUUUGUUGAGUUUGGGUAGCAGAGUUAAAUGACUGAAAAUCAUUGUACUGUUACAAAACCUCAAUUUCUCCCAUUUUCGUCUCUUGGUGCUUU